UCGAGGUAUAACAUUCAACCGGACGGUUUCUCUUUGCGUUGAACCGAUACCGCAGUACAACAAAACCGUCCGAAAGAUGAUGAUACAAUUUAGUCACGCUUAUAAAGCCACCUUACAUCUGGUCGGAACGAAGUCCAAGUGUUUAUGUGAAUCUAUGAAUUCACAGAAAUAUAUGAUAAUCAAUUUUGAUGGGGAUUUCGCUUAAUUAUUCGUAAUCUGGAAAUGAGUGGAUUUAUAAAAUAAAUUUAUUCCAAUGAUCGUGAACAAAGAUGAAUUCUGCCAAGAGGCAUAGUGGCAAUGAAAAAAAUUAAAACGAUACCAGAUUAGAAAUGAUUGAGGAGGACCGAAGGGAGUGCGGCUUGUACUGUCCGGGAAGUUACACAAAGCCGGAAUUUCGUCCUCCGGAAGGUUUUAACAUCCCCAAGUACGUGGCGGAUAAUUUGAAGGUGCGCUCGUCGCUGCAGAGAAGCACGUCAGGACCUCGAGUCUUGUGUCCACCAAAAAUUCAGCACACUCAUCGUCCAAUGGAAAUGCCAACGUGCCGGGACAACUUCGCGAUAGCGAAAAAAUUCCACACCGAAAAUUUGGAGCACCAACCGCUCCCGGAUCGGGUCGACGACCGAGUCUUUGCCAACAUGAAUUUCGGCCGAGCGAGAUCCUGCGGCUCGUUGAACUCCUACAAGGCUCACAAAAAGUACCAGGAAGUGACCCCCAAGGUGUUCCAACGGCGACCGCGGAACCAGGGUCUCAACCAGUUACCCGGUCCUCUCCUCGGCUGCAAGAUACCCGAAACUAGAAUGGACCUUGCGAUUUGCUGGGACGCGCCGAUCGAUCCGAUCUACGAGCCUAGAAGGCCGGUUCACAUCGACGGAUCCGACGGCGGUCCGGCUCCUGGGAUCUUCACGCUGGUCCAGCACCCGGCCGAAAAUUUCAACCCGGAAAUCUACUCCCCAGAUUUCUCGCGGCCCAGGGCGGCGUCUGCUGAUCCUGGAAAAUUUGAACGCCUCGUCAAAGCGCCGCCUCAUCAUCCGGAAAAACGGUGCAGAACCGCGAUCUCCAAGGAUCAAGGAUCGCGAUGUGGCUCUCCACGACACUCGCCGUGCGUCGACGACGACUCCGUCGCCAGGAGCAGGAUCAGCGUCCUCACGAGAUAUAAAACGGAAGCCGAAGAAGAGGACGACGAGGGACGUGCCAGGAAGCUCCUGGAGGGAUCGAGCAAGUGCCACCUCUGCAAGGGGUUCGGUGACAUCCGACUAUCCGAGGCCGAACUUGACCUCGCGAAACGCUACACCAGCUCGCCUCAAGCUCCGAGACGUGACAAACGGAAGCACGCCGGUUACCUCCGAAACUGCUCCGCUUGCGAACAAAGGACCAAAGACGAAGAGAAGGAGCUGCACAGGCGACAACAGCGGCUACAGGCUCUGCAGCUUGCUGGACCCAGGAUGGGGCCCGGUGAUGAUCCCCAGAGGAACGGCCUUCCUACGAGCCUUAACGUGCCUAGACCUAGAACCCCCUUUGCCAGGAGGUCCUUUUGCAUCGACACUCUCACUCCACCCUUCAGCGUCGUCAAGGGAUGUCGAGACGCCGAUUAUCCCGAACAUUGGCGCCUCACCACCGUCUAUCAGCAAUCUUACAGGCUACCUCGAAAUCACAAAACCACCCUUCCAUGUCGGAUGAAAAGAUAAUGCGGCAUCGUUGCUCGUAUCAGGUUUCUGUUUUUUCGUACUCGUCAUAAGCGAUGACGAUUCGUUAUAAUACUGGCAGAAUAGGGUAUAGUAAAUCAGAAUCUCGGUUUCUAACGUACCAAGAAAUAUCGUAAGUAUAUAUUCCAUAUGUAAUCGAGGAAAGCGAUGGGAUGCAGAGGUAAUUAAAAUAAUUCACCUUUUUCAACAGACAACGAUGCCAAGAAACGAAUAUCAUGAUAUCGUAAAAAUCAGUGCUUUUAAAACUUACCGCUUAACGCCAGACGAUAGGCAACUAAAGCUACAUGUUUAACAUGUAGUGAUACAAAAAGUACCCUUAGUUGCCUAUCUGCUGGCGUUUGUGUUACUGCAUCUUCAAAAUUAGCGUCCUUCGGUUGCCUAUCUGCUGGCGUUGAUCGGCGAAUUUCACUGAAAACUCCAGGUAUGCUGCUCCUAAAUCUUGGCACUACAAAAAGGCGUACCAAUUUGAAUAAAUGUGAUAGGACGGUAAAAAAUUUUGACAGAUCGGAAAAAGGAGAGGAAGAAUGCACUCGAGAGGGGAGGUAGUAUCAUGUUUUAUCAUUCUCUAUCCGCACAGAGUUAGAACGCUGAUUAUCGUUAUUAAAAACAUCCGCGGGUAUGUUUCCCUCAAGACGAUACAGGUCGCCUAAAAAUACAGUCUUCUCCAAUCUUUCCAGAACUAAUUUCUGCAGAAUAUUCAUAAGGUUUGGAAACGGUUCGAUGACUUGCUGAAAAUCUUCGCGGGAUAAAACGUAAAGCUCGCAUAUCUCGACCGCCACAACGCUCGCCAGCCGCUGAUCGUUCUCCAUUAUCAAGGCUAUUUCACCAAAGUGCGCUCCAUCCCUCAGGUGGCAGACCUAGCAAGUAACAGUUGAAGUGAAUUAAAAAUUUUCUACAGAUGUAAAAAUUACUCACCUCUUUUCCUAAACUUGUGUAUAUGGCAACCGUUCCGGAAGCGAUAAAAUACAUCGUGUCCCCGGUUGUCCCUGCCUUGAAUAUUAUGUCAUUUGUAAGGAAGACUUCAGUGUGCAGAGACAUUGCGAUACGCGAUACGACGGCUUCUGGUAAGCACUUAAAUAAUGUUACUUUUUCAACCAACUUCCGAGAAUUAUGCAGCGUUAGCUCCUACAAAGAUAAAAUCAGCAUCUUUUGAGUGAUUGUCGCUUGAAACAUCAAUUUUGAUCAUUUUUUCUUCAAUAAGAAUGGAGAAAUACGGAAGCAGUAGUCAUUUAAAAAAUUUGUCCUCAAAAAAAAAUCUCGUAUACCUCUUUUAAAUGCGCUGAUAAUUGAUUCAUGAUACUUUUUUCCAAAUCAAUAGAUCUCUGUGUACAAUAUUCGUAGUAGGUGGUGAGACGGUAUUGAAUUUCA